GGUCAGACACAUGCAAAUGAGGCGAGAUGUCCGCGCAUUUCUUUCGAUAUGGUGGAGUCGUGGCAUUGAGCAAGUAUUUAAAUAAAUCUCUUAUUUUACCCUUGAUUAUUUCGUUGCAAUUUCUUCCAUACGCGUUUAAACAUCUCUUCGCGGUCUAAACGCGAAGGUAAAUCAAAAUGUCGGCUAAAGCCAUUUACGAAACCGACGGAAAGUCACUCGUGGCAAAGUGCCUUCAGAACAGUUGCUACGUCAAGAAUCAAUUUGCUGUAGUUGUACAAGAAACAAACUGGGACGAUCUUGUUAAAGACAACCCAUGGAUUUCAACCCAGAAACUUGUUGUAAAGCCAGAUCAGCUCAUAAAACGUCGAGGCAAGCUGGGUCUUAUAAAGGUUAAUGUCAACUCACAAGAAGCCAAGAAGUGGAUUGAGGAGAGACUGGGGAUAGAUAUUCAGGUGGGAGCUGCAAGUGGUCCGCUUAAAAGAUUCAUCAUCGAGCCAUUUGUACCUCAUGAACAGAACGAGGAAUUUUAUGUGUGCAUCUAUGCCCAGAGGAACUGUGAUACAAUUUUAUUUCAUCAUGAGGGUGGAGUGGAAGUAGGAGAUGUUGAUAGCAAGGCUGUUAAACUUGAACUUGGCCUUGAAGACAAAAUCACAAUUGAUUUGGUCGAGAAAAAACUCAUGCAGAAUGUUCCAAAACAAAAGAAAAAGAAGCGCACAUCGCCGAGUUAGAUGCCAAAAGUGGAGCAUCUCUUAAAUUAACCAUUCUGAACAGUAAAGGUCGCAUUUGGACCAUGGUGGCAGGAGGCGGAGCCUCUGUGGUGUACAGUGACACUGUUUGUGAUUUGGGUGGUGCGUCAGAGUUGGCAAAUUACGGCGAAUAUUCAGGGGCGCCAUCAGAAUCACAGACCUAUGAAUAUGCUAAGACGAUUCUCGAGCUUAUGACCGCCGGUACACCAAGGGCUGAUGGUUCCAGUUUAGGUUUGCCCAUGUACGUGUUUGGAACAGAGACGCACAUGACCGCCAUUGUAGGCAUGGCCUUAAAAAAGAGAGAGAUUCCUAAAGAAGUUGGCUUCGACUCAAAUGCAGCAGCAAAUAUGUUCUUCAAUGCGCAGAACAAAGGGUCUGUAACUAGUGGAAAUCACGCAUUGUUAGCGUCAGGUAGUAAGGAAAAAACAGCUGACGAGAAACCUUCACCAGAACAAGAGCGCAGAGUUGCAAACGGAAAGAAAGCUCCUUUGUUUACCAAUGAGACCAGGGCGAUCAUCUGGGGCCUGCAAGCACGAGCUGUACAGGGCAUGCUUGAUUUUGAUUAUGUUUGUGAGAGAAAGAGACCAUCUGUAGCUGCUAUGGUGUACCCUUUCAGCGGAAAUCACCGACAGAAGUUCUACUACGGACACAAAGAAAUUAUGAUCCCAGUUUAUAAAGACAUGUCUGAGGCCAUGAACAAACAUUCUGAUGCUGAUGUGAUGGUUAACUUCGCGUCGCUCAGAUCCGCUUACGAUGCCACUCUAGAAGCCCUGGAGUUUCCACAAAUUCGCACGAUUGCUAUCAUCGCUGAGGGAAUCCCUGAAGCAAAAACCAGGCAACUGAAUCAGAAAGCUAAGGAUCUUGGAGUGACUAUUAUUGGCCCGGCAACUGUUGGCGGUAUUAAACCUGGUUGUUUUAAGAUCGGCAACACCGGUGGUAUGUUGGACAACAUUUUGGCGUCAAAGCUGUACAGGCCGGGAAGUGUUGCCUACGUGUCUCGAUCAGGCGGAAUGUCCAACGAACUCAACAACAUCAUCUCGCGAACCACUGAUGGCGUCUAUGAGGGCGUGGCCAUCGGAGGAGACAGGUAUCCGGGUACGACAUUUAUGGAUCAUGUGAUGAGAUAUCAAGAAAACCCGGAUGUGAAGAUGCUCGUUGUCCUUGGAGAGGUCGGUGGAACCGAGGAAUACGAGAUCUGUGAGGCCAUUAAGAACGGCACGGUUACCAAGCCUAUUGUGGUUUGGUGCAUCGGGACUUGCGCUGGAAUGUUCACGUCAGAGGUGCAGUUUGGCCAUGCUGGAGCCAGCGCUCAUGGAGACAAUGAAACAGCGGUCGCUAAAAACAAAGCUUUGAAAGAUGCUGGAGCUUAUGUGCCGGACAGUUUUGAUUCUCUGUUUGAAAUGAUCAAGGAAGUUUAUGAAGUGCUGGUUAGGGAUGGGACAAUCGUUCCUAAACCCGAGAAAGUUCCUCCAACAGUUCCUAUGGAUUACUCUUGGGCACAGGAGCUCGGUUUAAUCCGCAAACCAUCCUCAUUCAUGUCAAGUAUCUGCGAUGAGAGAGGAGCAGAACUCUUGUACGCUGGCAUGCCGAUCACAGAAGUCUUUAAGGAAGGCAUCGGUGUUGGAGGAGUUCUGGGUCUGUUAUGGUUCCAAAGAAAGUUACCUCCUUACGCAAAUGAAUUUAUUGAAAUGUGCCUUAUGAUAACCGCUGACCAUGGACCAGCCGUUUCAGGUGCACAUAACACUAUCGUGACAGCCAGAGCUGGCAAGGACCUCAUUUCAUCAUUAGUGUCUGGUCUUCUUACAAUUGGUGACAGAUUCGGCGGAGCUUUAGACGCAGCAGCUCGACUUUUCUCUCAUGGUCUUGACAGUGGAAUGGAGCCCAUGGAAUUCGUGAAUGAUAUGCGAAAGAAAGGGCAACUUAUCAUGGGAAUUGGACACAGAGUCAAAUCUCUGAAUAAUCCUGACAUGCGAGUUGUGAUCCUAAAAGACUUUGUGAACGAACAUUUUCCCACCCACCCAGUGAUGGACUACGCUGUUGCAGUCGAAAAGAUCACCACUUCAAAGAAGCCGAAUCUUAUCCUCAAUGUAGACGGCUGUAUCGGCGCUGCCUUUGUAGACCUGCUUCGUCAUUGUGGAGCGUUCACCAGGGAGGAAUCUGAUGAAUUUGUGGAGAUUGGAGCGCUCAAUGGAUUGUUUGUUUUAGGAAGAUCGAUUGGAUUCAUUGGUCAUUAUUUGGAUCAGAAACGCCUAAAGAUGGGUCUGUAUAGACAUCCUUGGGACGACAUCACGUACAUCAUGCCUGAUCAUCUCACAGACCUUCGCCCAGCAAGUUUUGAAUAAGUACGUGACAAUCACGUUGUGGAAGUGUUUGGAAUUACAAAUUUUGGUUUUCCUCCUUGAACUCAAUCGAGCGGAACAGUUAACAGAAGAAUUUUUGGAAGAGAGAAAUUUGUGUCGUGUGUUGAGGCCGUAAUUUAAUUCAGGGAUAGUUAUUGCCCUUUUUUAGGUAAUUCCCGUGUUGGUAUUUUUGACUGCCAAGCGUUUUCCGUAAACUUAUUUUGUACCUGUCACGUUCGUGUGGAUUGCGUGCAGGCCAAAGAACGUAAACGCUAGAGGGCUCUUGCUCUCUAUAAAACCAGGAAUAUUUUGGACAAUACUAUGGAAGCAAUGUUGUAAUUUUAAUUUUCAUCUAAUUUAUUCAUUUAGAUUUGAAAUUCAUGCAGAGCGAUAUGCCUUAAAGAAAGUGUAAUUUCAAAAUUGUUACGAACUUUUUGGUCGAUCUGGGGAGCAGUCCAUAGUCGAGCUGCUAAGAGAGUGUUAAUAUGACUCUGGGAGGGGCCUAAAACAUAUUUAAGCCUAAAAAUAUAAACUUAAGUACUAUAAUCAUCACUUUGGAGGUCACUGGGAAAGUGAAAACUGAAACAGCAAAUAAAGGAAAACCGAACAUUCACGCAAGCGUGCGAGAAUGUUAGAGACAUUUUUAACCCA